UCCUCGUACUCGUAGGAACUUGGAAGUCAUGAAUCAUGCCUACCAUGGUAUGUCUGGUACCAUGCAUUAUUGGCACACCUACGGUUCAACUUCAAAUGCAAGGCCAAGAUCUCUUCGAGUCCGGCAUCAACGUGCUAAUAGUAUUAUACAUGUACCGUAUCUCUCCAUGGGCACAAGUAGACACAAUCUAGGAACAGAAGCAAUGCCAUGUUGCUGACCCUUGACGAUUCCAUGUAAGCUUACCUUCAUCGUUCAACGCUACCAUAGUGUAUCCCUUCCCCUCAAACAAGGAUCUCAACCAGAUUUUCUCCUCUGUACGACGGUCGGCAUGAUCUGUCUCUCCCCUAUCCUUGGUGUUCCAACAUUCUGUUGUUCACCUUGUUCCUUUUCUCAAAUUCACUCGCGAAAUUCUUCGUCUUUUGUUCUGGCUCUCGUUCGUGCAGUGGAGCGCCCAUGCACAACUUUGAGGUCUAGAUGACGCCAAGUCGAGUGUACGCUUCCUGAUUGCCUGCUGCAUGCAAGUAGACAAGAAGGGCAUAUCACAACGGGCUAGAAGAUGGCAACGAGGAAGAGAAAGGAUGAGGAGAAUGCAGUGAGCGACGAUGAGACACUGAGCAUAUUUAGUGAAUCUGCUGAUUCAGAAGCAGGCGGCCACAGACGAGGAUGCUCGCAGUUGCAAGCGCAGGUGUGCCUGGUGGCGAUCAACUUGGUGACGCUGCUGCUCGGGGUGGGCCUUGUGUAUCUUGGCGUGGUUGGCAAGCAGGCUGCCAGGGAUGCAAGUGAAAUCACCACCCUGGUGCUCCCAGGCGCAUCCCCCCCGGACCAGGUGGGAUCGCAGGUCGUGCACCGGAUGGGGCGGCAAAUGGGGGAGUUCACGGCCGAGUACCCUCCGACGGACAGUCCGCCACAAAGCAGCAAUGCGACAGCGCCUGCCCCUGCGGCGGAGCAGCAGAAGUUCCUGGCUCGGGAGACGUGGCUGUCCCUCUGGGUGCUGGGCGAUCCUUACAACUGCCUGGUUGGCUUUGGGACGGGGCUGGUCAUCCUGUCGCUGGUGGGCCUGUACAGCGCGUGCAGCAACGACCGGCACGGCCUCUUCCUGUACUACACGGGCCUCAUGCUCCUGGCGGGCACCCUGCUCUACCUCGGCGUCUACUGCCUGCUCUUUGCGGACAACGCACGCCGCUUUGAGCUGCUCUACUACAUGCACCGUGCGCCCGCUGGCCUGCCCAACUCGCAACAAGCCGUGCAGGAGCGCGCCAUGGCCAAGGUGGUGCGCGCCCUGGCAUGGGCGGGCAGUCUGUGCGUGGUGACAUCGGCGCUGCUGGCGGGGGGGCUGUACUGCAGCAGCGCGCAGAUGGGGCAUGGCUACGCCGCCAAGCGCAUGAGCAUGGCCAUGAACCUGGUCACGGUCGUCCUGGGGGGGGCCCUGCUCUACCUCGCUAUUCUCACCAGCCAGACAAAUGCAGGGGGCGAGUGGGCUGCCAUCAUUGUGGCUGCGGCGGGCGCGUCCACGGUGCUGCUGUCGCUGGUGGGCUACUUCGGGCUGAGCCGCCACAAGCGCUGGCUGCUGCUCAUCCACGCCACCUGCCUGUGCCUCAUCACUGCGCUCAUGCUGGCGGGGGGCAUCGCUUGCUUCGUCUACAAGGACCGCCUGCAGUCACAGAUCAACAACAACUGGCAACUCAUCCAGGCCAAGGUGACCAACAUGGACCAGCAGAAGGUGCUGGCUGCGCUGUCGUCGCACCUGGUGAUGAUCGGCGUCUUCUGCCUGCUGCUCAUCGCGUGCCUGCUCUUCAACCUGUGCACCAGCGUGCACACGCUGCGCACGCACUGGCGCCACUGGGACAGGAUUGCCGGCAUGGACGCCGACCUGCAUGCCAGGCCCAAGUACCGCAAGGCGCAUGUUGCCAGCGAGGGCGACGAGAGUGACGACGACUGCACGUCUUUGACCACAUCCGGGAAGCUCGGAAAGGUUGGGGUGCAGGGGAAGACCCCAGUAAUGGAGAUGGUGGAGAGAAGUCAUCCCGAUCUAGAAGAAGUCAAUCGUCCUACUUUGAAAGGGGGGAAACGGUCAGCGAAGGAAGCAAGUACAAAAAACAAAAUACCGAUCCGCAAGGAUAGAUAACACAGUUGGGGACCUGUUGCAACAUUGGUGUUUGAGGGAGUCUGCAAGCUAAUUCGUAAACUAAUCUAGUCGUCCAAGUCAAAUGCUGAUACACACACCACCGUGGCAAAAGCAGCGCACCAUUGCUGUAAAGGGUCGAUCAGGAGUCAACAUUGGGGCCGGACCGUUUAUCUGAGUCAAAAGGUAAGGCAUUGGUUGCGUUUGUUUUCGCGCCUCAUGUCAAUCUGCA